GGAAGUCAAACCUCUCUCCGGCUUCUUUUUAUAACCUUUUCGUUCAUUCAGAAUCUGCUUCAAGCCUUGAUCUGAGGAUGAUAUAACCAUGCCAAGCAACAUGGGACACUCUAGAGAAACCAGGAAGGCUUCAUGAAAGAUGGUGUGAUGGGUACUGGUGGAGGCAGAGCAUUGGCAGGUCCACAGAAGAGGGGGUGGCCUGACCCAGGGGCACUGAAGAUGGUGUGCUGAAGACUAAGCCAGGGCAGAGGAACAACGGGCACCAUGGAAAAAACCAAGACGAAGCAAGGAGAGAAUGAACACAUGCCAAUGAACAACCCCUCCACGCAGAUUUACCAGCUGCAGGCUCUGGCCUCAGAACUCAAAACAGGCUUCACAGAAGCAAUGCAGGAGCUGUCCAGAAUCCAGCAUGGAGAGUAUGCACUGGAAGAGAAGGUCAAGAGUUGCAAGUGCUCCAUGGAGGAAAAAGUCACUGAGAUAAAGAAUUCACUAAACUACUUCAAGGAGGAACUGAGCAAUGCCAUGUCUAUGAUCCAGGCCAUCACUUCCAAGCAAGAGGAAAUGCAACAGAAAAUUGAACAGCUUCAACAGGAGAAGCGACGAGAGUCUCGAAAAGUUAAAGCUAAGAAAGCCCAGAAGGAUGAACACAGUUCCCAGGCCACACCUGCACCCACUCAGGGCAGCCCCUUCCGUUCCAUCAACAUCCCAGAGCCCGUUCUGCAAGGAGAAGAAUUCCCAAACCUGCUGCCUUCCCAGGCCUAUGACAAAGGUCAAGAGUCCAGGACGGUCCAUGGAGGAGAGAGUAACGUGAAGGGAAUGACAGGGCCCGGCGGAAUGACUCCAACUACUCUGGAAGCAGAAGAAAACCUCAAGUCUGACCUCCAGCCCACGGGCCACCACCCCUCAGGGGUGUGGCGGCAGCCUAAGGCCACUAAAGAGAGGGGCGAGGAACAUGUCAGCAAAGACCACCCAGACAAGCUCAAGGAGCCAAGCCAGGGCAGACACAGCGCACUGGAAAGUGUUUUGUGUGAGACCUCUUUAGCUGCUAAAAGGCAGACUGUGGCCCUCGAACUGCUUGAAUCAGAAAGGAAGUAUGUUAUCAACAUCUCUCUGAUCCUGAAGAUCAAGGCCACAUUCCAGGGCUCGGAUGGGAAGAGGAACGCCAAGGAGAGAAGCCUCUUCCCUGGGUCUCUGCGGUACCUGGUCCAGCAGCACCUGGAUCUGCUUCAUGCGCUGCAGGAAAGGGUCCUCAAGUGGCCUCGCCAAGGGGUCCUCGGAGACUUGUUCCUGAAGCUGACGAAUGAUGAGAAUAACUUCCUGGACUAUUAUGUUGCCUACCUGAGAGACCUGCCUGAGUGCAUCUCGCUGGUGCACGUGGUCGUUCUGAAGGAGGGGGAUGAGGAGAUCAAAUCUGACAUCUACACACUCUUCUUCCACAUUGUCCAGCGCAUCCCCGAGUACCUGAUCCACUUGCAGAAUGUGCUGAAGUUCACAGAGCAGGAGCACCCUGACUACUACCUGUUGCUGGUGUGCGUGCAGCGGCUGCGUGUCUUCAUCUCCCACUACACCCUGCUGUUCCAGUGCAACGAGGACCUGCUGAUCCAGAAGCGCAAGAAGCUCAAGAAGUCCAGCUUAGUGAAGUUGUACAAAGGGUUGGCUUCCCAGUGCGCCAACGCCUGCCCAGAAGCGCCCCCUGCAGGAGGCCCCGAGGCUGUGCGGGACAGCGGGCUCCACGCAGACGACAUGCUGCAGCCCUACCCUCCCAGCUCGGCGCCGGCCAUCACACACCUGCUGCCCCCGGGCAAGAAAGGCCCGCAGCCCAGCCUGCUGGACGGCCUGCCUCCGGGGAAGCCGGGCGACUGGGAGCACGAGCGCCCCGACUUCUGCACGGCUGAGCCCGACGUGCCCGCGCUGCCCGGGCCGCUGCAGGCCAUCCCGGAGCUGGACUUCGAGGCGCCGCAGGCCGAGCCGCUGGGCCGCGGGCAGGAGCGCUUCGGGUCGGCAGCCUACGACGACUUCGAGUUCGGGGCGGAGCUGUUCGCCCUGCCGGCCGCGCCCUACGAGGAGGAGCCCUUCCAGGCGCCCGCGCUCUUCGACACGGGCUCCAACGCCUCGUCCGAGUCCAGCCUGGACAUCUGCUUCCUGCGCCCCGUGAGCUUCGCGCUGGACGCCGAGCGGCCAGAGCACGCGCUGCCCAAGGGCGCCCCGUCCCCGGCCUACAAGCUGGAGGUCCAGGCGCAGGCGGCUGCCCAGGCCCAGGCCCAGGCCCAGGCCCAGGCCCACGGCAAGGCCAAGCCGCUCAGCCGCUCGCUCAAGGAGUUUCCGCGCACCCCCCCGGCCGAGGGCGCCCCCCGCCUCUACAGCACCCGCAGCAGCAGCGGAGGCCGCGUUCCCCUCAAGGCCGAGCGCCCUGCGCAGCCCCACUCGGCCACCCGUGGGCCCGCACCCCGGACCUUCUUCCCCCAGCAGAGGUCCCAAAGCGAAAAGCAGACCUAUUUGGAAGUAAGGAGGGAGAUGCAUUUAGAAGACACCACUCGAUUCUGUCCAAAGGAAGAAAGAGAAAGUGAACAAACAUCUUUCAGCGAUCAAAACCCCAGGCAAGACCAGAAAGGGGGCUUUCGCAGCUCCUUCCGCAAGCUCUUUAAAAAGAAGUCCAGUGGAUCAGAAUACAGGGAAAAAACUAAUGAGAAUCCCUCAAUGGAACCUUCACCCACCAAACAAGAUUUCUUCAGAAACCGACUUGCUCUUGCAAAUGACCUUGACCAAGGAACAGCUGUGUAGAACAUACUUAAAGUUGUCUUGUCAAGUGGUAAGAUGAGGAUUAAAAGCUUGUAUAUAUCUGUGCAGGACUAUAUACCCAUACUUAUUUAUUUAUUGAUGUAUAAGCCCCCAAAGAAAACUAGCAUAAAUACUUCACAAGAAACUAAAUCAACAAACAAGACACUGAAGAGAUGAAGAUUAGUCUGUGGUUGAGAGCUGGCUUUUUGAACAUUUGGGCAAAGGGAAAAUGAAGACUUCCCCCAGCGUUAUAGUGAAGCAGUAAAUUUGGAGGAAAAUAAACGUUUGUAAGAACAAAA